AUGUGGAAGGGUCCCACCCAACUUGUAUGGCUCGGCAACCUGACGUCUGUAGAUGUGUUCUGGUGUCAUAAACUACAAACUACGUUCUCACUUUCCAUAGCUAGAGAUCUAAGGAAACUGCAGGACGUUCGGAUAACUCACUGUGGCAUGAUGAAAGCAAUUGUUUCAAGUGAAGGAGGAGAUGAUAAAAUUGAGUUUCCUAAACUAAAGCAAUUGUAUCUUAAUUACCUGCCAAGUUUUACUGCUAUCUACGAAGCUAUGAAUGCAAUUGAGCUACCACAACUGAGUUACUUGCAACUGUCGAAUAUGCCAAAGCUCAACUGUCUCUGUCCUGCUUCAGAUUCAGAGAGUAAUUGUGAUCCCAUCAUUCAACCCCUCUUCAACAACAAGGUUAAAUUGGCUACCAUUGAAAACUUGCUCAUCUAUGAAAUGGAGAAUCUGAGGGAGAUUUGGCCUGGGGAACUUCAAGCUAAACUAAGAGAGAUGACAGUUCGUAAGUGUCAUUGGCUCUCAAAUAUUCUUUUCCCAUCCAAUUCAAUUAAGGGCAUGCAAAAUCUUGAGCUACUGAUAGUAGAGGAUUGUCGAUCUAUAGAAGUAGCGUUUGACCUUGAAGGCCUUGUUUGGGAAGGCAUAUCAGAUAUGGCAUUCCCUUUAUUAAAACGGGUGGAACUACGCUAUCUACCAAAGUUGACACAUGUUUGGAAGGACAAUUCACAAGGAAUUCAAGGCUUUCAAAACCUAAGAUCCUUAAUAGUAAUUCAGUGCGACAGUUUGAGAAAUCUAUUCUCAUACUCUUUAGCCAAGCUUCUUGUGAAACUACAAGAAAUAGAGGUAACUGAAUGUGGCAUGAUGGAAUCUAUCAUUGCAAAUGAACCAAAUGCAGAUAUUGUAGUGAUACCAAAUAUAAUCAUAUUCCCUCAAUUGAGUAGUCUCAAACUCAGUGAUUUGCCAAACCUUAGGAGUUUCUGCUCUAGGACUUGUACGUUUGAGGGAUCGUUGUUGAAAAAAAUAAAAGUAAUCAACUGUCCCAAAAUGGAGAUACUCCCAUCAGCAUUUCAGCGCAAGCUAGAGCAACAAAAGGCACACUUUUCAACCUCAUCUCAACACCUCCUCUUCUAUGGAAAGAUGGAAGACUCUUCUAUCGAGAUCACAGAAGAAAACCAUUAUGCUUCGCAUGAGGCUACGGUGUUGAUUAGGGAAACUGGAGGAAGCAAUAGAGCAGCUUACACAGGCUAUUUUGCUCAACCCAACCUCAACAAUUAUGUAUUCAGGAAGCUGGGUGCUUCUGUUGUUUUGGAAUGUGUGCUUGCACCUGUUGCUGCUGUUGCAACAUCUGCUCUUCGAAUUCCUACCAUUGGUAUUGGGGCAGGGCCUUUCUGUAGUGGCCAAGUUAAUUGA